GAAACAAAACCAAUCGAAUUUUGCUUUGAUUCACAAAAUAAUAGGUAAAUAUAGACUUCGGAUGAUUCGUUUAUGAAAAGAGUGACGCCUGAACGUACUCUCUCAACUGACUAUCGCUAACGAAAGAAACAUUUUUAAAUAAAUAUUUCAGUGAAGUAGUAGAGACAUCUCGUAUUUUUCAAUAGUUUAGAUCAUGCUUAUCGUAGUGUGCGAGCUCUUGUCCGUUUUUGUUAAUGAUAAUAUUGUUUACAUCAACGUACAAAUAUAAAAGCAGUCAACAUUUGAACAUUUCUUAUACAAAUGACGAGUGCUUAAAAUAAAAAAGACCAUCAUUUUUCGUAGCAUAUUACAAAGUAAAGGUGACCAUUUUACUCAAUCUCAUUUUGACCAAAAAUCAACUGUAAAAAAAUGGAAGUCGAGAGAAUCAAUAGGAAGAGAAAAAAUAGCGAAAACAACAGCGCUCGAAGUGAUUUUCCGAUUUAUACAUUUCAUGUCACGUCAACCAAACCAAUCGAAAGUGAUCAAAUUGUUAAUUACUUUAAGCAAUUUGGUGAUGUGGAUUCUAUUUCGUGGCAUCCAGUAAAUAAUUUACAAUAUGGUCGUGUGAACAUGAAAACAGGCGAUGGAACCAAAGAGUCAUUAUUGCAACUGAGUCACCGUAUCGAAAAUAUUGCCUUAAAGCUAGCAGAAGAUGACAUUCAUUAUCCAACCGACUAUGACUUUUCAUAUGAAGUGGAACAAGAUGCGGCCAUUCUCAAUGUGCUCAAUAAUGAUUGCUUGCGCGAAGUGUUCAAAUAUUUUGAUGUUGCCGACCUUUGCAAUACCGCUAAUGUAUGCGUUCGUUUUAAUCAACAAGCAAAGAAUGCAUUUGCAUUGAAAUUUACGAGUAUAAAUAUAAAUUAUCUAUUGUCAGAGGAACCCAUAAUAAGCGGAAGUCUAUUGCACAAUUUCGGACCAUUAAUGGAAUCCCUAAGUAUGUUUAUAGCCAUGCCAGACGUUUUGGACUCAGCUGGUCAACUCUGUACUUCUUUAAACCGUCUUAAUAUUGAACAAGUUGAAAUCAAAUCGAUGAAGAAAUUGUGCCCAUUUUUCAAAAAGUUGAAAUCGUUAUCAUUUAAAAAUUGCUCAUAUAUAGAUAACAUCAAAGAAAUUAUAUCUCGGGACAUGCAACUAAAAUAUCUAUGCAUUGAAAAUUGGUUUUCAUAUGAUGAUGAUGACAGUGAGUGUAUAGAGAAUUUUCAAUUGCGGUCAUCCGAAUUGUUUCGUUUAAUUGGUGAAAACAUGCCAUGCUUGCUACAUUUACGCGUUAAACUAAAGUAUAUUGAAAACCUGGACAGUUUUCAAAGGGAUAUUCAGUAUUUGGGUAAUUUGAGUAGUUUGGAAGUACUGACUCUCAAUUGUCUUGAAUUGACAGUGUCACCGUUAAUGGCCGCUCUUGCUGUUAACCAAAUUCAACUAAAAAAACUGGAGCUAGUGGAUGGAGAAAUUGAUGACGCUGGUGUUCACAGCAUUUGUGAAAUAAAAAGUUUGCAAGAUAUUAAAUUCGAUGAUUUUGCCGGGUGUAAAAGAGAGCACAUUAUCAAAUUAGCUAAAGAAUUGCAAGAGCUACGUUCAUUUGAAAUAAGAUGUCGAAUUUUUGUCAACAACCUCACAAUUAAUAUCAAUUUUCUAAGAGAAAUUGUCAAUUAUGCAAAUAACCUAUCUAAUUUCGACUUACUUUUUGCGAACUCUGCUUCAUUCAACUCGUAUGAUUAUAAAACGUUAUUGGAAAUCGUUGAAGCACGAGAGAAAAAGAUUGGUAUUUCAAUUAGUUGCUUGAUUCAUGACGUCAGUUUUGAAGACUUUAACAUGGAAACCCAUUUUGAGAGUGGUGAAAAAUUUGCUAUUCGUGUUGAAUACGCGGAUGAUAUUCUUAUAUUCUAAUGAAGACUUGUACCUAUGGAUUUAUCCAUAUUUUUUUAUAUUUUAAAUAGAUUUAUUGAAAUGUUUAUUGAAAAAAUUCAAAAAGACGCAGUUAAAAAUGUGUGUUAAAAAAUACGAAAAUU